UAAAUAAAAAUUCAAAACAUAGAAUGAUCGUAUAGGUAUAAUAAUAUCUUAUCGAUAAUGUACAAUUCAUAAUAUUAUAUUAGCUUAUUGCUUGUAAUACUAUUGUACAUAUUUUGUCAUUUGUUAUUCUACUUUCAAUGUCUGCACACGUUUUAUUUGAUUACCUAUCUACUUUUAUUGGAUAAAUUAUGGCAAACAAAAAACAUGGGAAACAAAGUAAAUGCAAAAAGAGAAGUGCAAAGUCGAAAUGCAUACAAAAUUUACUUUUGAGUAGGUAUAAAAAAACUGAAAAAAUAAAUAAUGAAGAUAAUACCAAUAAUCUUGAAGAGGAUAUGGAUAUCCAAAAAUCAAAUGAAACUGUCAAUAACGAUGAUAAUGACUACUUACAACUAUCAGACCAUUCGGGAUUAGAUGAAUCUACAUUACCAAAUUUGAAUGUUGAGUACGUAAAAUCUAAUGAACCUACAUUAUCAGGGCGCCGAGUAGUAGACAUAGAACAUUUUAUGAAACAAAUGAUGGAACUGGGUAAACAUGGUAGUAAAUGUACUAUGGGACGAUUUGUACUAAUCAAAGAAGUACAAAAUGGUGUAGGAUUUAAACUUUAUUUCAAAUGCCAUGUUUGUGACCGUCAUCAAAUUGUCACAUCAGACAGAGAAUCAUCUGUAGAUAAUGUCAAUAAUGCGUUAGUUUGGGGAGCAUUAUCAAUCGGUAUUGGACAUCGUCAGAUUGAAGAUUUACUCGCAGUUAUGGACUGUCCAUCACCAUCGUUUAAAAAAUUUAAACGACAUGAAGUUAUUAUAGGAAAGGUGUGGGAACAACAAAUUUCAGAAAUGUUGAAAAAAAAUGGAGAGCAGGAAAAAAAAAUUGCCAUACAAAAAGGAAAUUUAUAUAAAGGAACUCCUUACAUCACAGUGAUAGGUGAUGGUGGUUGGGCUAAAAGAAGUUACGGACAUGGUUUCAAUUCUCAAUCAGGCGUGGGAAUAAUUAUUGGUGCAGAAACAAAAAAGCCCGUCUAUGUAGGUGUAAGAAACAAAUAUUGUAGUACAUGUUCUUCUGCAUCCAAAAAUAAUAAAAAAAUAGAUCAUUUGUGUUUCCGAAAUUAUGAUGGUUCUUCAACAGGUAUGGAACAAGAUAUUAUUGUAGAAGGCUUUCGCCAAAGCCUAGAACAACAUGGUUUAAUAUAUAAAUAUUAUAUUGGCGAUGGUGAUUCAAGUGUGUAUGCCAGAAUAGUUGAAAAAGUAUCGUAUGGUCGAGAUGUUAUCAAAUUAGAAUGUGCUAAUCAUAUAACUCGUAAUCUCCACGAUGGCCUACGAAAAUUGGUGGCAAAUAAACAUUUCCCAUUACAUGUGCGCAAAGUUUUAACUUAUGGUUCUCCAUCUCCCUUAGAAAGAUUGGUUAAAGGGGUACGGACUGCAAUUAAAGAGUGUGGAAAAUCACAUAAUGUAAACAUACUGCGAGAAGAUUUAAAAAAUGCACCAUAUCAUGUUCUCGGUUCUCAUAAAAAUUGUCGUCCUACAUAUUGUACACGGUCAAAUAUGAAUGAAAAGGACAAUGUGCCAUUAAUGGAAAGUGGCAAAAUAAUGUCAGAAAUUUUAGCAAUUGUUGAUAAAGUAACGAGAAAAGCCGAUCGUCUAGUUUUCAACACUACAACUAAUAUAGCUGAAAACUUUAUGAGCUUAGUUGCAAAAUUUACUGGCGGUAAAAGAGUAAAUUAUACCAAAACAGGCUCAUAUCAAAGAAGAGUAUUAGGUGCAACCCAAGUUCACUCUAGGGGCCAGUCUUGGCAUUUAAGUCCAUGGAAAAAAUUAUCAGGAAAAAGUCCCGGCAAGUUUUUUAAAAAAAAUUUAACGAGGCGUAUUGCAAUGACAACUUUAAACUCAAAGUAUAAAAAACAAAAAAAAAUUAGAUUUAAAGUAAGUGGAGGUGACAAAAGUACAGUGAAUCAUGAUUUUGAUUACGGUCCAGACGCUGCUGGGCUGGAUAUGACUGAAGAGGAUUUUAAAUUUAACGUCAAUAAAAAGUUAGAAGAGUUAAAAAAAGAUUCUUUUUCAACCGAAACAAUCGAACAAUUACAAAAAAACACUAUUGGUCAACAUGAUAAUGUAGUCUGGCACGAAGCAAAGAAAAAUAGACUCACCGCUUCUAAUUUCGGGACAGUUAUUUGUAGAAAAUCAACUACAUCUUGUCAUAAUUUAGUGAAAACAUUAUUAUACAGUAAAAAUAUUAUUUCGAAACAUAUUGAAUUUGGACGACAAAAUGAAAAAGUGGUUAUCCGACAAUUCGAAAAUCAGUAUAACAAAACUGUAAGACCGUGUGGGUUGUUUGUUGAUGAACAAUAUCCAUUUUUGGGCGCAAGUCCCGAUGGUUUAGUUGAUGACGAUAAAAUAAUAGAGGUCAAGUGUACGCCGUCUAUAGGACAAAAAACCUUAGAAGAUGCAGCUCUUGAUAAAAAGUUGCAGUUUUGUUUAGAGCUUACAGAAACAGGUCAACUUAAACUCAAAGAAAACCAUAAAUAUUAUUGGCAAAUUCAAGGCCAACUAAACAUUACAAAAAAAAUAGAAUGUAUUUUUAUUUUAUUCAGUAUGGGAAAUAAUCUUUAUGUGCAGAAUAUCAACAGGGACGAAUAUCUUUGGACAAAUAAGAUGCUUCCAAAAUUAAUCAAUUUCUACAUGGACUGUAUGUUGCCUGAAAUUGUAGAUCCUCGAGUUCCAAGAGGUUUACGAAUACGAGAUCCGGCGAAAAUAACGGAAGCACAAUUUCAAAUAAAAAAGAAAUUUAAAAAUUUAAAGUAAGAAUUGAAAAAUGUCAUAUUAUGUAAUUUUAAAUGUGUUAUUUAUAAUUUUUAAUAUUUUGUAUUUUUUUUUAAUUGCAUUGAUAACUAUACUGUUAUAAUAAUAUUAUACGCAUUUUAUUAAUAAUACCUUAUAUUUAUUUAUAUAGUUAAUUCUACCGAUGAUUACAUUUAUUUAUUUAGUCAUGGCUAUAUUCAUAUCAAAAAACUAAAAUUAAUAAUCACUUUCCUAAAAGGGUUAGUACAAUACACCGUAAUUUUUUAACACGGGAGAUGAGACCAAUUGUCGAUUGCAGGCACUCAUAGCGCAGAAUAAAGAGUGUUUUUCUGUCGCCGUAGGCCUAUAGGCUAUAUAUUACGUCGCAUCUGCGUCGACAACCAACAACCGACUAGCAGCCAGCGCGCCGUUGCGCUUUGCCGCCGCCGCUAAGCAGCGCUAACAGUGGAAUACGAUAAAUUGCGUGCAUGCGUUGGGUAUUAGGGGAGGAGCCAACAAAAUUGAAUAAACCAAAUCUUAGUUCCUUUCCAAAUUACUCAAUAGUUAAAAUAUUUUUGAUCUGAAAAAAUAAACUGAUUCAUAAUAGUAAUACCUAUAUACCAACGUUGAUUUUUUUUUCGUAUUUUGAUUAUUAAAAAAAAUAUUUAAGAAAAACCAUUUUACCACUAAGAGGUAAGUUUGAACCCAAAUAACCUUUAAAAAUAAUCAUCAACAAAGAAACAGCCAACGACAGUAUUCUAGGCAAUAUGUCAAUAUGAUAUAUUCAAAGUUACAGACUCCUAACUACAAAACUCAGACUAGUAGGAAGGAACUCAAAAUGCGAAAUUUCAAUUUUUGAACUGUAUUUAUAGCCAAAAAAAUGAACAAAUAUUUUUUUUAAUAUUUUUUAGUUUCAUCUUAAGUCAUGUUUUAACUUUAGGUAUACGCAUUUCAAUGAUUUAAUAAAAAAAAAAAGAUCGGAUAUUGCCCCUUAAUGAAUUGGAAAGACCAAUAACAGGUUUGCUAAUCUUUAUUAUCUUAAUAAGAUUUUUUGUUGACAACAUACAUACAUGUUAACCUAAAUCAUAGGGGCGCCCACAGUAUUGUGAUUUGUGUUAGUGUUAGAUCAUUUUAAACUAAUUUAUAUAAUACUAAUUUAUGUCUUCUAUAAUAUUAUAACUAUACUUUAUACAUUUUACUAAUAUAAUAAUAUGUUCUUAUUGUGAUAAAAAUUUAAUUAAUAAUUUAUCAUAAAUCAAAAAGAUGCCUGUCUUUUAAAACAUCAAUAAUUUAAUUAUGUCUGUUUUGUGGAAAUUCAAUAUAUUUUUGUUUAUUAUUACAUGAAUUAAAAUUUCCAUAUUAAUAAUUAUUGCUUAUUAUUAAUCACAAUUAAACAUGCAAUGAAUUAUUAACAUUUUUGUUAUUAUAAGGUAUUUUAUAUUUAAUUGUAUUAUAUAAGAUUAUUAACCUAAAACUGUUAA